GAUAACAUUUGAGUUUAGUUUAAGAGGGAUCAUACAAAAACAAACAGGUGAAGAGAUACAGAGAGAGCUCAUUGUGGAGAUCUCCUUCUGUUUAAUUUCUUUUCUUGUUUCUCGCAGCCAUGGUUUCCACCACCAAGAUCAAGUCCGUUGAUUUCUACAGGAAAAUUCCAAGAGAUUUGACAGAGGCAUCUCUCUCUGGUGCUGGACUAUCCAUUAUAGCUGCCCUUGCUAUGGUCUUCUUGUUUGGAAUGGAGUUGAGUACUUAUUUGGCAGUUACCACUAAUACAUCUGUUAUAGUUGACAAGAGCUCUGAUGGGGACCUCUUACGCAUCGAUUUCAACGUCAGCUUUCCUUCACUCUCAUGUGAAUUUGCAUCGGUUGAUGUCCGCGACGUGUUAGGAACCAACAGGUUGAAUCUGACGAAAACGAUUAGGAAAGUUCCUAUUGAUCCGCAUUUAAGAGCCACUGGUGCAGAAGUCCACUCCAACACUGGUUUAGAUCUCAUCAACCAUGGAGACGAAGAUCAUGGAGACAAUACUUAUGAUGCUAUACCGUUAACUGAUGCUACCUUUGACAAGUUUUCACAUCAUUUUCAGAUUUUGGUUGUUAAUUUCUAUGCGCCAUGGUGCCACUGGAGUAAACGCUUGAAACCAUCUUGGGAGAAAGCAUCUGAAAUAACAAGAGAGAGAUAUGAUCCUGAAACUGAUGGGCGUGUUCUUCUAGGAAGCGUUGAUUGCACCGAAGAAUCUGAACUAUGCAAGAGGUAUCUCUACCAAGUUUUGAUGUUUUUUCUCACCUCUUUCUUGUUGAAGUUUAAUAUAUCAAAUGAAAUCUUCAGGAACCAUAUACAAGGCUACCCAUCUAUCAGGAUUUUCCGCAAAGGCAGUGAUCUUAAGGAGGACCAUGGGCACCAUGAACAUGAAUCUUACCAUGGAGAUAGGGACACAGAGAGCAUACUCAAGAUGGUGGAAGAGCUGCUCAAACCUAUCAAAAAGGAGGACCACAAGUUAGCUUUAGAUGGCAAAAUUGAUAAUGUGAUUUCAAGUAUUAAGAAGGCACCAGUUAGUGGUGGUUGUAGAAUCAUAGGCUAUGUGCGAGCCAAGAAGGUUCCGGGCGAAAUCAUCAUCUCAGCUCGUUCACGAGCUCAUUCAUUCGAUGCUUCUCAAAUGAACAUGACUCAUUAUGUUUCCCAUCUCUCGUUUGGUAAACUGAUCUCAGAAAGGUUGCUGACUGAUAUGAAACGGCUAAUGCCUUAUUUUGGUCUAAGCCAUGACAGGCUUAAUGGAAAAUGGUUCGUAAAUGAAGGAAAGUUUGCUGCUAAUGUUACUAUCGAACACUAUCUUCAAGUAGUCAAAACAGAGGUCGUUUCAAGAAGAUUCGGUCAAGAACACUCAGUGAUUGAGGAGUAUGAGUAUACGGCUCAUAGCAGUGUGGCUCAUGGUUACUAUUACCCUGUUGCAAAGUUUCACUUUGACCUCUCUCCUAUGCAGGUGUUAAUAAGCGAGAACCCAAAGUCAUUCUCACACUUCAUCACAAAUGUUUGCGCCAUCAUAGGUGGUGUUUUCACGGUGGCGGGGAUACUAGAUUCGAUAUUUCAAAGCACAGUCAGGCUGGUGAAGAAGAAGGUGGAGCUGGGGAAGAACAUUUGAUCUGGAGUGAGUGAGGUGGUUAGAUGUUAGUACUUUUCAGUUUUCUUGUAAUACUUUAAAAACCAUGGAAAAAAACCCUCAGUUCUUACAUACCUUGUAGGCUAUGUUUGUUUUGGAAUAUCAGUUUCAGAGAAUAAGGGAAUACUGUUGGUUGUAACA